GCGGCGGCGCUGGGCGGCUCUCGCUGCUGCUGCAGAGGAUCCCGUCCGCUUCCGCCACGCGCCCCCCUCCAGAUCCGGCGUCCGCUGGCGGGCUGACCCACUGCCCCGUUCUCAACCCCGCCCGGACCCGCAUGGCGUGCUACCUGGUCAUCAGCUCCAGGCAUCUCAGCAACGGGCACUACCGGGGCAUUAAAGGGAUCUUCAGGGGACCGCUCUGCAAAAACGGCUCGGCCUCUCCGGAUUUUGCUGAAAAGGAGAAGGCAGCGGCAAGGGCUCUAGAGGAUGUGAAGGCUAACUUCUACUGUGAAUUAUGUGACAAGCAGUACCAUAAGCACCACGAAUUUGACAACCACAUCAAUUCCUAUGAUCAUGCUCACAAGCAGAGGCUGAAAGAGCUAAAACAAAGGGAAUUUGCACGGAACGUGGCUUCAAAAUCCUGGAAAGAUGAGAAGAAACAGGAAAAAGCACUCAAGCGACUCCAUCAGCUGGCUGAGCUGCGGAAGCAGUCAGAAUGCGUUGCUGAAUGCAGACCUGCGUUUAAAUCUCCCCAAGUGGUUGUAGAAAAAGAGCCGACGCCGCAAGAUAAACUUCUGUUAGCUCAAGAAGGCAAAGUCAAGAAUACAGCUGAAGGAAAAAGCAUCACCAGCAGCACAUCAGAGAAGCAGCAGGAACUUUUGCUAAGCAAGAACCAGUCUUGCAUAGAGACACACCGUUUUCUUAGAAGCCACAUCUCUCCCGCAUUCUCCUGUGGCACCAAUGGCUGCAAUCGGGCCGGGGUGUCCUUUUCAUUCUCUAAAAAAGUCCACCUGAAGCUUGAGUCAUCAGCAUCCGUUUUCAGUGAGAACAUGGAAGAAGCAUAUGACUGCAUCAGAUCCCCUCGGCAUAAAGCAAAGCAGACUUCCGAAGAGUGCCGUGCAUGUAUACAUAUGAGGGAUGAGAGGAAAGCAAAUGUGCAUAAACGGUUAGGCACCAUUCAAAGUCACCCAGACAGCUUCGCCUCCUGUAAUCUGGCUCGGAAAAAUCAACUGCAGAAAGAAAACAAUCACUACAAGGACAGAGAGCAAACAGAAACUCAUACUUCAUUUCGUAAAGACAAACUACAUCUUCCAGAUUUGGAUUGUUCUGGGUCUCCUGGUGCAAAAGAACAAGGAGGAGAGUUGAACGAGACCCAGAAAUCCUUGGAAAACGUUGUUACACCUCAAUGCCAAACGAAUAACAUUUGUACACAGCAAAACACUUACAAGCACAGUGAUGGCCUGUUACCAGAAUGUGUCUCUGAGUCCUUAGCCCAACGAUCAUCUGAGCAAGGACAUCAGUGUGAGGGAAACUACAAUCCCUGUGUAUUCAAACAAUCUUCUGAUUGUACAGAAGCUGUCAAUGCAGAUGCUGAAAUGCCUAGGGAUAAUGCACUGGUUCAUGAAAUUAAGCCUAAAGCAUUGCCUUUUCUUCAUGUACUGAGCAAAGAUGGCAGGACAGCCUUACGGUGGCCCAGAGAACUUCUUUUGUUUACAAAAACAGAACCCUCCAUUUCCUAUGGUUGUAAUCCAUUGUAUUUUGAUUUUCGGCUCUCCUUAUCUCAUAGAGAAAGUGGGCAUCAUGAAGUCGACGAAGAAAGUCCUAAUGAGCACUCAACAAGAACUAUGGACAUAGAUGGAAAUGACGCCUCAGAUCUAACUGAGAACAAGCAACUGUCCAGUGAAAAAGAUAAUCAGUCUUUGAAGCCAAAGAAGAAGAAAAGAGCUCUAAGCCUCAAAAAGUCCUGGCCAAAAUUGGAUUCAGACACAGAGAAUGAAAUGAGUCAAAGUGCUCCAAAGUACGUCUCAGAUGAUUUGAAUGAAAACCUACCUGAAGUGCCUGCACCCCUUGAUUGCUCAAAAAGGCGUUACACGAGAGCAACAAGUCCCCACACAACAAUGCAUGUGAGAUCUUUAGCACAGCAGUUGCAGAACUGUGAAAAAACUCUACAGGAGGAAGUAACUGAAAACCUUUGCAUUUAUCCCUUGGUGUCUAGGACAAAGAAGCAAAAAUGUGCAAAAUGUGAUUUAAUGUAUGCCCAAAGACAAACCGACCUGGAUUUGGUCACCUGCAGCAGUGACAUAAGUGACAGCGGGAAAGAUUCCAUUCUCGGAUACAAGUUAGAUUCACCCAGGGAGUCCAUGGGAAACGAAGGCAAUGGGAAUUUUGCUGGUUGCUGGAAAUUCACUCCUUUGCAAAAGCCCUUUUCUGACAGACAGUCUAAUUAUUCUGACACUUCUGUUAGCAGUGCAACUAGUUACGCUAGUUGCUACUCUAGUCACAGAUCAAGUGAUCACAGCAGAAGUCAUUUGCCUUUUUGCUGCAAAAGGAAACAAAAGCCGGUUGAAAGGCAGAAAUGUAAACACAAAAAGCACAAUUGCAUUUCAUCUUCUGAUGAUGCAGAUGGGGGCUGCCUUUUCAACAAAACAAGUCAAAGAUCUAGAAACUGUGCACACAGGCAUAUGGCAAAAUAUCAAAGACAUUCGAGAUAUAGACAUUUACUACAAAGAGAUGUAUCAAAGCAAAGCAGGAACAGACACCCUCUCUGUAAACACAGCAGGAGCAGGAGCUACAGCAGCUCCAAAGGUUCUUCCACCCAAGAUUCAGGAAGCAGCGAAAGAUCAUCAAGCUGCACCAGAUCAAGAGCCAGCAGUUCGGGAUCCCUUGCAAAAGAAUUGGUGCAUGACUGGAACAAACACAAAAAGGAUAUGAAAAGCACCGACAGAGUUGAACCAGGAAAAUCAGACUCUGCACACUCAGACUGCCAGAAUGAAAGUUGUCCAUCAAAACAAGUUGGAAGCUGCUCCAUCAACCACUUAGGAAGGAAAGCAGUGGGGAAGAAGUCGUUAACGGCCAAACUACUUUUAGAGAGGGUGAAAUCAAAGCGAAACCAGGAGCAAACUCAGAACACUGAAAGCUUUUCAAAUACCUGCGAGAGAGAUCUCCCCCAUAGUCAACCAGGUGUUAAAGGUGCAUCAUCAGUGGAUAGUGAAGCAAUGUUACCUUUGCUUGAGAAAGCCCUUCACAUUGAUACGAGUAGCAGGUGGAACAAUGGAACUGGCUCUGUGGAAAGCGGCACAGGCACAGAGCGAGCCGAAGCUUCAGCGAUAGAUAAUAUUAUUCUGACAGCUAGCACUAACUAUGGCAAUAGCCUGCUUAACGACUUAGGUUAUCAGGCCCUGAAUAGGGCACAGGACACCGCAACAAAGCAUCAACCGGAUCUCUUAGCUGAUGAAAUGCAGCCCCUACUACAAAGCUGUGACUCGGUGCCAAAUGGUUUUCCUGGUGCUUUUCCUUCUCAUGGAUAUUCUGCUGUUCCCAACCUAACAGAGACCAAAGAAGAACACCAUGCAGGUGUAGACUUGAGUGGAGUGGAAGGGGAUCUGAACUGCUACUCUGACAGUGCUAUGCAUAAAUCCGGUGAAACAGAAAACAAGACUGAGCCGUACAGUAAGUGCAUCCCCUCUCCUUUAACGCAGCAGCCUAUAACCUUUUCCCCAGAUGAGAUAGACAAAUAUAGGUUUCUUCAGCUGCAGGCCCAGCAGCAUAUGCAGAAACAGCUUGUGGCAAAGCAUCGCAAGGUUGUGCCUGCCCCAGGACCAGCUGCCUUCUCUGCCUCCCCAGCUGUCCCUGUUCAGCAGCACUCGUCUGUUGCCACCCUCCGCCACACGCUGCUGCAGAGCUUUGCCCUGUCCACCGGAGUACAUCCUCACAACAGCCAUCUUUCCCUGACUCAUAUACACCCAUUCUCACCAUCGCCUUUUGCUCCAUUCUCACUCUCGCCCUUUACUCCGGCCUUCGUGCCCGCACACUCGGCACUCCUGGCGGGACACCCGUUCCAUUUCGUAUCGGCGACUCCCAUCCACCCAUCCCAUCUGGCAAUCCCGCCGCUGCCCCACGCAGCCUUUAUUCCUACCCUGUUCACGCCGCAGCUGAACGCAGCUGCAUCUUCUGCCGUACAUCUCAACCCCUUGAUCCAUCCAUUAUUCCAGACUCAAGAACUUCAGCAUCGUUCCUGACCUUGUCGGAGGUGUUGGUUAUCUGGAACGGAAAUGAAGAAGGUGUCAUUUUCCCUUUUAAAAUUGCAAAGUCAUUGUCCUACACUCCAAAAGCAAUUUAGAAUGACAAUUCCCAUUCAGCAGCCUAAUUGCAUAUCUUAUGAGAGACAUUGCGGAAAUCAAGGUCUGGCUGACGCAGCACAUGAUUGUUAAUUUGAUUUUCACAUUCCUUACAAUAAUAGCCUUCCCAAACCUGUUGCCCUCCAGAUAUUAUCGGACUACUGCUCCCAUCAUCCUGACCAUUGGCCACACUGGCUGGGGUUGAUGGGAGUUGUAGUCCAAAACACCUGGAAGGCAUCAAGUUGGCAGAGGCUGUCUACAGCUUUCAUACAGCCUUUUAUGCUGUAAUAGGCUUGUGGACAUUUUAAUCAUUUUCACAAGAAACAUAAGUUAGAAGUACAGGCAUCCACCCACGUACACUGAGGUGUACAUUCCAGGCCCCCAUGCACAUAACCAAAAUCACAUAAAGUGGGGAGCAUCCUCUAAAAAGCCUCAAAAAACAUUUUUUUCCUGCUGUCCCAUUUCUCUUUUCCCCAAAAUAUCUGGAGUUGAAGCUCUGGGGCCAGCUUGAGGAUGUGCGGGAAAGGUUCACAGGCACUUCCCCCCAGGUUGAGAAGCCCUUUUCCUCCAGACAAACACAUCUGUCAAACCCUCACAUGGUACACAGGCAUUCACAGAUGGGGACAAAAAAUGAUCAGUUCACCACAGAAAAGGAUUCCCCUAUCUGAAAUGUUGUGAAACUUGGCUUUCUAACAACAUAAUACGACACCUGUUUUGUCAGUACCAGUAUGAACAGGUGUGGGGGUUUUUCAUUGCAUUGUCAGUUUCAGAAGCAUUCAAAUGACAAGUGGAAAGGAUUGUCAUUAUCUCGGUUUGUAAGAACUCCCUCCCCCCGCCCCCAAGCACUGGAAGAUGCAGCCAUUCCAAAUAGCCACUAAAGUACAGCAAAUUGUAAGUUCUGACCCGCAUCUUAUUUCCUUGAAACUCAAUUCCAUUCAAACGUUGAGAUGUUUUCUAAGUAAAACAAUUCAUUUCAGGAUGCAAAUUUUAAGAUAUGUGUUAAUCAGACAGUGAGGUACUUACCCCAGUAAGUAAAGUAGGAGGAAGGGAUUUAUUUAUGGACUUUUGUCAAACCAUAAAGUAUAUUUCAUGAACACCCGCUGGUGUGAUCCACACAGAACUGUGUCUGAGCCUGCAGCAAGACAGUUCAGAAAGAAGACAUUAAAAACAGAUGUGGAGGCACCCUAAGACAGAAUCAGCACUAAAUGAGGGUUGAGUUAGCCUUUUACCUGCACCAUUUUCCCUACUGAAGUUGUCUUCCGAAGUUGCUAUUUUCCAGCUUAAAGGUGGGCAAUUUAAAUCAGGAAAAUGUUGGAAGGAAGGGUUUUUCCUCUCUCUCCCCCUAAUGUCUAGACCCUGAUCCAAUUGCCCACUCCACUGGCCUUUAACAUUAAGUAAAAGUGAGAUAUUCUGAUCAUGGAUUUCCUACAUUGCCCCAAGCUCAUCCCUUAGAAGGAUUCAACAUGCAUUCAGCUUCCAGAUCAACUUGCAUUUUAUAAAAGUAAAAAAAACAACAACCCAGGUUUCCCCCAGCUGCAUCUUCCACCAGUUACAAGAUGGAAUUCCAAUUCAGUCUCACCUAGGGUUAGUUUUAAAAGUUCACUUUGUACAGGAGAGGGACAAAAGUGAUCAGGCAAGACCAACCAAUCAGAUGUAACUGUUUCCCUGUUAUGAAAGCCUCUCUGUAAAACACUGAACAUGUCUGUUUGUUAUGCAGUUUGGCAAAAAAAGCAAACAAAUAAAUAUGCCACUUGAUUCAUUUUUCAAAGUGUUUAGUUUAUAUUGAAACUAAAUAAUACUCUGGCUAGUAUAACCUGUAAACUAGUUAUUUUGUUUUGUAUUCUCUGUUAAAAAAAAAAGUGUUUUAUAUUAUACAGUAGAUAAGUGAAUUGCACUAUUGAACAUGCAAUGCAGCUUUUUUUUUCUUCCUUUCAUUAUUCAAGUUGUUCCUGGGAAUGUAGUUUCAUGCAAUAAUUUUUUUCAAUAAAAAUGCUUAAUGACA